UAACGUUGAGUUAGGCCACUACCAUUGACCUGGUGGGAGUAGGCUGCGCUGCACACAUUGCUCACAACGCUCUCCAAACUGCCACAGAUACCCUUCCCUGCGACAUUGAACGCUUCAUUGUGAAAGUGUUGGGACAUUUCCACAUCUUUACUGUCCGCACUGAGCAGCUGAAAGAGUUCUGCGACUUUGUCGAACUCCAGUAUGCCACUCUCCUGGAGACGAGUAAGACACGAUGGCUGUCACUAGGCCCGGCUGUCGAGAGGGUGCUGAAGCUGUACCCAGCCUUACAGUCCUACUUCAGCUCUCAGGACAAGCCUCCUACCGCGAUCAUCAAAUUCCUCGACGAUCCGGUGUGUGACGCAUGGAUGUGGUUCCUGCACAACCAGCUGUCACUAUUCAAUGACACAAUCAACAUGAUGGAGAAGCAGAUGAACACAGCUGCUCAUUCAGCCUGCCACCUUCGCACUCUCGAAGCCAAGCUUCUGGAGAGGAAGUCUGCUUUAUUCACUGGCCUCAAAGUGAAGAAUCUUCUGAGCGCCCUUGAUGAUCCACGGAAGUCAGAGGAUUUUCUCAAAACUGUCUGCACCUUUUACGACUCUUGUUCUUCAUACAUACGGGAAUGGGGAGCAUCGUUUAAGGAGAUGGAGGUUCUCUUCUGGACCCUGCUCAACAGAGUCCCUGAAUGGGAUGAAGUUGAAUCGUCCCUGCAGUAUGUGUCAUCAAAAUUAAACCAGUGCAACAAAGACGAGAGACAGCUGUUCGAUGAGACCUCAUCAGUGAGGGCGUACGCAACUGGGAUGGUCGCUCAGUGGAACGCCGAUGGCAAGUCAGUGGACGAGCACUGGGUGGAAAUGUUCGCGCAUUUCAAAAGCAGGGAGAUUCCGUUCAAAAAUGUAGGUCUCCUGACCUCCUGGACUGACGCGAGGAACCGUAUGACCAUUCCCACCUUAAAGACGCUACUCGUCACACGGGCCAAUUUUGCUGACACCUCCAACCUGGCAAAGCAGUCACACAACAGACACGUGGGCAAAGGCCCGGCCACCAGACGCUCACCAGCGAGCUCCACUCCCAGGCCUGGCUCCAGGAGGGUGCACCGGUUCCCUGAUCCGGGCGAGGUCACACAAUCCACCAAAACUUAA